CAGCUUCGCUCGCUCGCUCGCUCUGCCCCCCGGACUGCCUCAGCCAUGGAGGCGGCCGCCGCCUUCUCCCCUCCCCGCGUCUCCCCCGACGCCCGCGCCAUGUUCGCUACCCUCCCCGCCUCGCCCUCCCCCCACCUCCGCCUCGCCGCCCGCCCCCGCGCUCUCUCCGCUUCCGCCCCCACCACCGCGGCGGUGGCGGCCACCAAGCAGCGGUUCUUGGCGCCGCCCCGCCCGGACCCCGCGGCGCCAGGAGGCUGCGGCGGCGGCGGCGCCAGGGACGUCGUCGCGAUGGUGGUGCCGUUCCUGAGGGGGACCGCGUGGCAGCAGCCGCCGCCGGACCUGGCCUCGUUCCUGUACAAGAACAGGAUCGUCUACCUCGGGAUGUGCCUCGUGCCGUCGGUGACGGAGCUCAUGCUCGCCGAGUUCCUCUACCUCCAGUACGACGACGCCGAGAAGCCCAUCUACCUCUACAUCAACUCCACCGGCACAACCAAGAAUGGCGAGAAAUUGGGCUAUGAGACAGAAGCUUUUGCAAUAUAUGAUGCUAUGAGGUAUGUCAAAGUUCCAAUUUUCACCUUGUGUGUUGGCAAUGCAUGGGGAGAAGCUGCUUUACUCUUGGCUGCUGGUGCUAAAGGUAACCGUGCUGCGCUUCCAUCGUCGACGAUAAUGAUAAAGCAGCCAAUUGGUCGCUUUCAAGGACAGGCGACAGAUGUUGACAUAGCAAGAAAAGAAAUCCGAAAUGUGAAAAUAGAAAUGAUUAAGCUGCUGUCAAGGCAUAUCGGUAAAUCAGUAGAAGAGAUUGCUCAGGACAUCAAACGGCCCAAAUAUUUCAGUCCAAGUGAAGCUGUGGAUUAUGGGAUCAUUGACAAGGUGCUGUACAAUGAGAAAAGCCAAGAAGACGGUGGUGUCGUAUCGGAGCUCAAAAGAUCAAAUUUGAUAUAGUAUUACGCUAGAUACAAUCUCCCUGUAAGUUGGUAAUAGGUCAGACACACGACAUGCUUUGUAGUGCCAUGGAGUAGCUGCCAUUCAUUAGCUGGCCUGGUUGUAGAACAUCGAGCUGGAUUGGCAAUGCAAAUAUGCAGUACACGCUGAUACUUUUUUUUUUUUUUGAUAUGGGCUUUUUCCAAUCUGGUGCCUGAUAACUUGUACGGUGGCUUGGUGCGAAACUUCUAUUUUUUGUUUAGUUUUCUGAAUGGCGAUUCAAAUGGUUGCUCUGGUUGUUUGCAAUGGUAUUGCUUGAAUUGUGAGCGCCA